AAUUGAACAUUAAUGACCAUUCUUUAUGAUUACAGCUAUGAAAAAUAUAUUAAGUUUAUUAACAUGUUUGGCGCUUUAUUGCGUCACAGAAGCAUCAGAUGUGCUUUUAGCAGACCUAAAAAUGGAAACGGACCAGAAAAAGAGAGAAAAUGAGGCUGUAGCGUUUGACCAAAUAGCUGACGUUAAUUCUGAAACUGCAAACUUGAUGCCGCCAAACUUUGACCGAAACAGUGAUGGAUUAUUCGAGUACGACAUCCUUCUUCAUGGGGAAAGUCAUACUAAAGUGUUUGGUCAUGAUCCAAACCGCCAGUACGGUGCAUCAGCUAAUCUCAAUCGAUUAUGGCCAGAAGGAAAAGUUUACUACAUCUACGAUAGUAGUUUAAGUACAAGAGCUAUUACAGCUAUUGGAGAUGCGAUGAAACUUUACCAUGAAAAAACUUGCAUUAAAUUCAUCAAAAGGACAACAGAGGACCACUACAUUGAAUUUCAUAAAGGAAGUGGAUGUUGGUCUAUGAUUGGACGAGUCGGUGGCAAGCAACAAAUUUCUAUCGGUUAUGGUUGUGAGCAUGUUGGCGUCGUGGCGCAUGAAAUGAUGCAUGCUAUUGGAUUCUGGCAUGAACAAUCGAGACCAGAUCGAGAUAAUUACGUCACAAUUUUAUUUAACAACGUAAAGGAUGGAAUGGACGAUCAGUUCAAAAAAUACAGUACCGAAAUUGAUUCUAAAGGGUCUCCGUAUGAUUAUGGAUCAGUGAUGCAUUAUGGAGAAACAGCGUUCUCGAAAGAUCGAAACACAUUGAAAACGAUCAUAGUAAAAAACUCAGCUUAUCAGGGAACAAUUGGUCAGAGGUCCGGAUUAAGCCCUACCGACAUUAAUCAAGUUAAAAACUUGUACAAAUGCUCUGGAACGACACAAGUUGCGAUAAAUGGCAACUGGGGUGGAUGGUCUAGCUGGUCAGUUUGUGAUAAAUCAUGUGGAGGAGGGACAUCAAUAAGAUCAAGAUCAUGUAACUCUCCCCCUCCUUCUAAUGGUGGAAAUACAUGUGUUGGAAAUGCAGUCGAAAACGCAAAUUGUAAUACCAACUCGUGCCCAGGGCCAGUGAAAUGCAGCUUUGAUCACUCUCUCUGUCAGUGGGAAAACCUGUCAGGUGAUAACUUUGACUGGACACAGCAAACUGGUGCAACAAGUUCCACAGACACUGGACCGAGUAGCGAUCACACUUCUGGAUCAGGUUCUUACAUGUACAUUGAAACCAGCUCCCCAGUUGCUAAGGACUACACCGCUCUUCUUCGCAGUGGUGUAAUUCCAUUCUCCUCCUCACCCAGAUGUUUAAGCUUCUAUUAUCACAUGUACGGGACAGGGGUUGGCGCAUUAAACGUUUAUGUGGCUACUGCAACCCAGGCUACUUUGGUUUGGAGUUUAAAAGGCGACCAAGAAAAUAGCUGGAAAGCUGCUACUGUGUCAAUAGCCGCUGGUCUCGGAAACAUUAGGAUCAUUUUCGAAGGCGUUCGAGGCGAUAGUUAUCGCGGCGAUGUAGCAAUCGACGAUGUGGAACUGAAGUUGUCAAGUUGUUCGACAAAACCCUCGACAGCUUUUAUUACAAAACCCGUUACAACGACGACGACUACCACGACAACGACGACGACAACAACCAAAACUACGACAUCUGAUAAUUCUUUCUCGUGUGAUUUCGAAUCGACCUCAGCUCAAUGUCAAUGGGGUAAUACAAAUUCAUACGACACGAUGGACUGGAAGGUUUACAAUGGACAAACGCCGAGUUCCUUGACAGGACCGUUGUAUGGCUCGACGUAUAUUUAUCUUGAGGGAAGUUCACCUGCGGUUCAAGGUGAUAAAGCCUGGUUGUUAAGUCCUCAGCUACCUGACGUUACAUCUGGUAGCAGAAAAUGCUUGACAUUCGAUUAUAACAUGAACGGAGACGGAAUUGGCGAGCUUAACGUUCAAUUUUAUGACGCUGUUGCAAGCACUAUCAACAAGCAUUGGACGCUGAAAGGUCAUCAAGGCAGUGAUUGGUAUAAAGCUCAAGUGGAAGUCCCGAUUAGCCAAAAACCCAUUAUCAUACUUGAAGCCAUACGUGGUCAUACAUACACAAGUGACGUCGCAAUUGACAACAUUAAAUUGUUAAAUGGUGCGUGUGUCAUUAAGCCAACCAGUGCGGCUGUCCAGAAGGAGGAACUACCGACAGUCACUCAACCAGAACAGCCUGCAACAGAUGAAAUCAAAAUUGAAGUCGUAUCCGAAGGCUGUGCCGAUCCCGCAGUUAGAAAACGCACAGCUGCUUAUAAUGCAAGGAACAAACCUACCAGAAGAAGAAGAAGUUGGAAAGAAUUCUUUCUAAAUAAAACCAGAAUAGUGUUGGAGAAAGGAAAGAAGAUUUUGGACAAAGUAAAGAAAGAGAUCGAAGAAGACGAAACUGGUGUUUACAAAAAAAUUAUCGAUCAUGCUAAAAAGCGCGCCUUCUUUUAUUUGAGCAAGAAAAUAAAAGAAUUCCAACCGAAAAAGAAGAAAUUGAACAAGGCCGGAAAUUCUCAGGAUCCCACCUCGCAACUAACGAAUAAUUGUAAACUGACAAAAUCAUCCAUAAUUGUAAAUGGAGUUGAGUAUUCACCUAAGAAAGAUGGUCAUAAUGUUGUUGCUAUUGAUGGCAAAACUGGAAAGGUCAUUGGAUCAAAAUCAUACGACACAAUGAAUAACGCUUUUGCAGCCACUACUGUAGGCAGGGAUAUCAAAAACCUAAAAGACGACACUGUUAUUGUCAUUGCGACGCAGAAUUCUGUGUUGGCUCAAUACAUCGGUGAAACAGAACUUCAAAAGAUUGGCGCUGUUCCGCCAUACAUACCUGGGACACAAGGUUCAUGGGCAUUUAUUGGUUACAAAGGAAAAAGAAAAGUCAAUUGGAUCAAGCAAAAUUCGAAAUCAAAAGGAAACGGACCGUCACGUGUUAAAGCUUCCAUUCCUCUUUUAACUGGAAAUCCUUCCACUGGCGAUGGGGGAACGACAACAAGUAGUAAACGUGUGAAAACUUACACUAUAAUGAAAAAUGAAGUUUCAUUUAAUGGAAAGGAAUACAUGACCCUACCAUUGCAGUGGUCCAAUGAGCUCAAUUUUGGAAUAGUUGACUACACAGUUUCAGUGUGGUUCCAAACAGCUCGAAGUGGAACUUUAUUUUCAAAGAUUGCACCGUCUUUAACAACAUUCGACGACAGCAUUAAAACAGUUUACAUUGAAGGUGGUUUUGUUAACGUAAAAUUAUCACGUGGUACUGUUUAUAAAAUCCUCACACCAGUCACUGGCGGAUCGUGGCAUCAUUUAACAAUCGUUGUAAAACAAAGCACACCAUCGGAUAUCCUAAAAGUUUACAUGGAUGGUAAGCUCAGAUUAUCAAAAUUAUUUACUGCUGUACCAGACCCGAACAACGCGCUGAUUUACAUCGGGAAAACGGUUAACAAAUAUCCGGGAGUGACCUUUUUUACUGGUCGGAUGAAGCAGUUGGUAUAUACAAAUCAGGUGUUGGACGAAACUGAAAUUGCUAAACUGUCUCAAAAAGCGGAUUGAUCGACCAAUCAAUUAAAAAUGGCGUAUAACGUUUAUUUUUCUGUUUGUGUGAUUAUUAUUCAUUUUACUUCGCUUUUUUAUACCGUUUAAAAUUGAUCAGAUAUUAGUGUGAAGAUUUUUUUGAAAAAGAUUAUUGUAGACAAGAUUUUGCUGUUGUUAGUAAUAAAAUCCCAGAAAACGUA